AUGAGCUUAGGCGUGUUUCGGUUAACUCUUUUGGAUUUGGAAGCUACAAAGCUACUGGUCUGGUCAGCAGCCGAUAAGAAGACUGCCUCACGGAUUGCUCAGGGUUAUAAGGAUUUUCUUUCAGAACACACUGAAAGCAGAUCGCCAGCGUACCUAGAGGCCCUUGCAUUCACCUUAUCGCGGCGUCGCUCUCAAUUCCCCUGGAGAACUUUCUGUGUCAGCGAUCCUAGCCAGGGCUUCGGCAACCUAAGCGUUCCCCCGGCCGUGCAGGUCAACUCAAAGCUUCAGGUAUGCUUUGUGUUUACCGGACAAGGAGCUCAUUGGGUGGGCAUGGGGAAGGAGCUCCUCGACUACGACGUCUUCAGGCGCAGUCUAGAGGAGUCAGACACACUCCUCCACAAUGUUGGAUGCCAAUUUUCAGUUCUUGAAACACUGUACAGUGAUAAGGGCACCGAACUGAAUCAACCAGAGUUCUGCCAGCCGAUUUGCACAGCUCUACAGGUUGCCCUCGUCGAACUUCUAGCGAACUGGAACGUCCAUCCAUUUGCUGUGGUUGGUCAUUCGUCCGGAGAGGUUGCCGCUGCAUACUGUGCCGGAAUCAUCACUAAAAGCCACGCUCUUGAGCUGGCCUUCUUCCGAGGCUUAGCUGUCUCGGCAACAUCGCGAAUGGGUUCUCCAGAUGGCGGCAUGCUGGCGACACGGCUCUCAUCAGAUAAAUGCUCAAAGCUGCUUGCAGACCUUGCAAAUAGUCAGAACCCCGAAACACGCAACAUAGGUAUCGCGUGCUACAACAGCCCCCAGAACUUGACCUUAUCCGGAGAUACGAAUCAAAUCGAAAGACUGGCACUCACGUUGGAAACAGAAGGAAUCAUGAGCAAAAGGUUGAACGUGGCCUUCCUUGGGAUCACGCGUGGGGGACAAGUUGAAAUCCCAACCAUUGUACCAACAUCGGUCAAUCAUCUGUGGAUAUCGGCAGAUAUAACACGGCAAAUGGUUGCUGUGUCCGCAAAAUCUGGUCGGAGCAGUGCGCGACGCUAUGAUGUGGAUUACAUCUCAGUUGGGGCUGAGAACGAAAGACCUCUUCUCAUAGGCGAUCUAACACUCACAUCCAUUGAAAAGACUGCUAACCCAGCUGUAAAUGAGACUAAGGAAAGCACCGUCUCCAUGUACCGUGUCGACUGGAAGCCCGAUGUCAAUCUUCUUGGCCCCCAAACUGGGUUGUUUGCCGCCCAGCCAUUGCAGCUAUCCCAAAGUGAGUCAGAAAGGAUCAGGCUCACUGAAUAUGCCUGCUUCCUUGCCAUGUCUGAAGUGUUGUGCGCAGUCGAUGGUGGCGUGUCAGUUCAUUCCCAGAGCCCUAAACAUCUACAGAAGUACUUGGCUUGGAUGCGACAUCAGACCGGGCUUAUAAGAGCGUCCGUUGGUUGGAAAGAUUGGAUCUCUACACAACCAGCAGGUAGUGGGUUCCAGGAACAGCUGUGGCAGAAAGUAUCAUCAUUCGGACCCGAGGGCAGGCUUAUUGUCAAGUUGUGUCGGCAAAUACUGCCCAUCAUCCGGGGUGAGAUUGAUGCGCUGCAGAUUCUCUUUGCCGACGAUACGUUGGCAGACUACUACCGUCAGGAGAACCCUCCUCCUGAGGUCGUGAAAGGAGUCCAGCAGUAUGUUGACUGCAUGGCGCAUGCCAAUCCUAACAUGCUGGUUCUGGAAAUUGGGGGAGGUACAGGUGGUAUGACACGGUAUAUCCUGGAUAUCAUUGGCGGCCAUGAUGGCAGUGCUGCGGAGCGUUUUGCACAGUAUGUGUUCACAGACAUCUCUCCCGCCUUCUUUAAGGACGCCAGAGAGAAAUUUGGCAGAGGGGAAAGGGUCAUGACGAAGACCCUCGAUAUUGAGAAGAUGCCUGUAGAUCAAGGCUUUGAAAAAGAGGCCUUUGAUCUCGUCAUUGCCAGCAAUCGACAUGAUGCCAACAUCGUCAGACAUUCUCAUUCUGAGAAAAGAGAGCUCAGGUUUGCAGCAUUGAACCUGUCUGUCAGCAUCCAUGAUGCUUCUGAACUACAUGAGGUUCCCAGUGGAGCUACCGUGGUCUUCUUGCAGACCAUUGACGAUUUCGUCUUCCACGAGCUUGACGAGGAAGGGUACCAGAAUUUAAAGACUACUAUGGCAAUGGCCAGUAAGCUUCUUUGGGUGACACGGAGACACGACAGCCCAAAUCCAGGUUCGUUGGAGCAGGACGCUGUGCUUGGCCUUGCACGCUCCCUUAUGUCAGAGAGCGAGGGCCUCAAUAUCGUGACCCUAGGACUGGAAGGUAUCGAGGCUACUUCUCGCGCAGCACAGCAUAUCCGGGCAGUGUUGGAACACUAUUUCUGUGCUGAAACCUCCUUACUGAGCAUAAAUGGCGAGGAGAUCCUUGAGAUCGAUGGCCGCUUAUGCUUAAGUCGUGUCUUGCCGGCAGAGACAAUAGCGAAGGAGAUCUGGAGUAUGCAGCAAUCCAAGGCCCAUAUGGAUAAUGAUUUGCGCAGCCUUGCGAACAAUGAGAUGGAAAUCCAGAUACGCGCGGCUACGAUCACACCAAACAUUACUACCGGCCAGCCUUCUUUGGGCCAGGAGAUAAACGGCACCAUCACCCAGAUCGGGUCAGACGUGCAAGGCACCUUUCAGGUUGGCGAUCCCGUUGCUGCUAUCGUACCGCAUUCUGGCACGGCAUCAAUCAAAGAUCGGAUUCAGUGCCCGGUUGGUCUCGCUCAUAAGAUCCCCGACGAAUUAUACAGAAAGGGAGAGAUUUUUUUGCCACUCGAUUUUCUGAUUGCAUACGACUCGCUGCACAAUUGUGCGCGGCUACAGGCAGGGGAUUCGAUUAUCAUCCAUGACGGCGGUAGUUCACUCAGUCAGGCCGCGAUUCAACUCGCUCAGUUCCUGGGUGCAGAGGUUUUUGUGACUUUCAAUACUAAGGAUGAGGAAGCUAUAGCGGAUAUGUACUCUAUCCCCGCUUCGCACAGAGUUCCACAUCAAGGACAUAUGCUGAUGAUGGGAAUCAAACGCCUAACCCACGGUCGAGGCGCGGAUGUCAUGUUCACUCCAUUGAUUGCGAAGAAAUCGGAUCAAGCAGCGUGGGACUGCAUGACAGAAUAUGGCCGAGUUAUUGAGCUGGUCGACACGAAUGCAUCUACUUCCCUCAGAGCUAUGCCUCCCCGACCUCGACUCUUCAAACAAAGCGUCAUUUUCGCCCGGCUGGAUAUUCCGACGCUUCUUCAAGACACAGAGAAAAUUGCAACUAUCUUGCCUCAGGUCAUGCGUCUGAUAGAGCAUAAAUCAGUGGUUGCUGUACAGCCUCUCAGAGUACUCGCCUUCUCUGAGCUUGAGAAAUCCGGUGGUGUGAAGGCUGUUGAGCAAUCUCAUCGGCAAGGUACAGAAAGCCCUGGAGCAGAUUCCUUCCUUGACGAAUGCGCGACCAUGAGCGUGACAACUUUCGCGCCCAAGUGCGAUAUAGGUGAUGAAGUGGCAGUCAGUGAACUUAUCCAGGAAGUACAGCGGCGGAUGCCUCCCAUCAAAGGAUGCAUCCAGGCAUCUAUGGUUCUCAAGUCUGCCAUGUUCGCGAAUAUGACCCUCGAUCAGUGGAACGAAGCACUACGCUCAAAGGUGCAAGGUUCGGAUAACCUCGAUCGCCACCUACCAAACCAGCUUGAUUUUUUCAUCUUCUUAUCGUCCGUGUGUGGUAUAAUCGGCGCCAGCGGUCAAUCCAACUACGCCUUUGGCUGCGCCUACCAAGAUGCAUUGGCCCGAUCUAAAGUCGCGAUGAGACAGAAGGCCAUUUCCAUUGACCUCGGGAUUGUCGAAGGGGUUGGAUACACGGCCGAGCAUCAGGGCGUGGGCUCCUUCAUGCGCUCUCUGGGGUUACAGCCCAUCCCUGAAGAAUAUCUCCUUUCCAUAUUAGAAUAUUACUGCGACACCAGACGUGAAAUCCUUCAUCCCAGUGACGCCCAAAUAGUCGUUGGCAUCAUAAACCAAGACGAGAUGCAGCGAAGUGGACUUGUGCGCUCGCGAUUUUACUCGCGGCCGUUGUGGAAUCAUUUGCAGCGACGCAUGAACCCAACGCUUGGCAGGAGCAAGGUUGUUGCUGCUCAACGAUCGAAUGAGAAGGACCCCUCAUCGCUGAAACUCCCGACUGCCGCGAUCGAUGAUACGCUUUCGUCUACUGUGGCAGAUGGCGGUCCAGACGCGGUCAGACGGGCGAUCUGCGAGAGGGUCUCGGAUGUGCUUGCUAUCGACGCUGAUGAUAUUGAUCCAGCGAAGCCGUUGCAUAUGUAUGGGGUGGACUCAUUGGUUGCGAUGGAAUUGCGGAGUUGGUUUAAGGAAGCACUCCAGAAGGAUGUGGCUGUGUUUGAUAUCUUGAGUAAUCGGCCGAUAGAAGUGUUGGCUCAGGAGGUCGUGGGUGUGGCUGCGGCUGCAUGA